AUGAUGUUGCCUUUCCUUGUCAUCAUGAGUUUGUCCAACCUGUGCUUCACCAAAUCCAUUUCCCACCAACAGGAACCACUUCUUGACAAUCAGACCAUCAGUCAUCAGUCGGUUGCACAUAAUGGAACGGCCGGGGGCGCUAACAACCCGUGCCUGUACGACAGAGGCAGGAAGUGGGACUCUUGUCGGCAAAAAUAUGUCCAAGAGGUUUAUUGUCAUAGUACACACGCUGUCUGUUAUGGAGCACUGGCUAAAGGUUAUAGUUACCCCGCCUGUAAAGUAGUAAUUGGCUAUCCACAAGCCAAAUACAUUUCAAAAUGCGCUGCAUUGUCUAUAGACUGCCAAUGUGCUGCCUGA